AUGCCAUCAUCUCCGUCUGCCAGCUCGCCACCAGAAGCGCAGCAAAAUAUCGAUAUUCAAACUGCGGUUCUGCACCUUCUCGUAUCUAAAUUUCAGCCUGGCGCUCUGAGGACCUUUGAGGACUACAUCGAGACCUGUCAGCACGCCACCAACAUCGUUUCUUUCCUCGAUUUCCAAGCGCUUUCAGACGUGGAGCAGAAUCUGGUCGUCGAUAUUCUGGAGGCUGCUGUCACCAACUUGAACAGCGUCUGUCUCGACUACCAUAUGCGAAUGCUGGAAGUGCUGUUUUUCGACUUUUCUGCGCCGUGGAAAGACAGCUUGGGGAGUAUUCCCACUACAAACUCUACCUUCCGAGUCGCAGCCAUUGAAGUUCUCAUGACGGAACCGCCUUCGUACCUGGAACAACCUCCCGCUCUCACCUCCGAUUCAAUGCAUGCUCUUUCAGCUACUCAAGCCCCUCCUCGAACUACAAGACCUCUUCUCGAAUCUCAAUAUCUCCAGGACUCCUUCGCCGUGUCCUUUCAAGCUCUCCGCUUUCAUCUCUCACAAGUCUCUUCCUCUCUGCGCAACUUUACAUCGUCACCUUCAGAAAUGCCUCGCAUGCCUUGGACAAGUACCCAUCACCAGCGGAUACGGACUCGUUGCAUAUGCCGCUUGCUGCUCCAGACACGGAGGAUAGAUACAGGACCGCCUAGUACAAAUUCUCUGUGCCUCACGCUGUUUCCCACUGAAAACGUCCUCGCUGACGAUGUCGCUUCCUUGGAUAACUCUCAGUCUCCCACUGCCAGUGAUGAUGAUCUGGAGAAGAAGAAGGUUCGGUCGCGGAAGCCUUCUGGCGUCGCAAUGAGUCGCAGGAAGAGGGCUGUUUCAACGCGAGAAGAUAAAGAGAACCUGGACAUGGACAUUGCUUUGUAA